GAUGAGGAGGAGGAGGAGGAGGAGGAGGAGGAGGAGGAGGAGGAGGAGGAGGAGGAGGAGGAGGAGGAGGAGGAGGAGGAGAGGGACGACGAGGAUGAGGAGGAGGAGGAGGAGGGGGAGGAGGAGGAGGAGGAGGAGGAGGAGGAGGAGGAAGAAGAGGAGGAGGAGGAGGAGGAGGAGGAGGAGGAGGAGGAGGAGGAGGAGGAGGAGGAAGAGGAUUAA